UACAGCUCCAGGAGGAGCAGAAUGUGGCUCUAGUCGAAGGCAGCAGAACGGCGCUCUGCUCUGAAACUUACUGAAGUCCUUCCCUAACUGUGGAUAUUUCUUCUCUUCUUGUUUUUUGUGUCAAAAUACCAACAACACCUUUCGGAUUAACACUUUUUAAAACCAGGAAUAACUUGUUUUCUCCUCUAAAGUGGCUGACUGCAGCUCGGGUCCACAUGCUCUGCCUUGUAAGUGCUGCUUGGCCUGCUGAGCCUGAAGGUGCUGGUGUGUCUGAACUGGGUUGCAGCUGAAACACAGAGUGCCUGCCGGUCUUGGUGGUGUCGGUGCCUGCGGUGGAAGCAGGCGGAGGGGGCCUGUCCUAUCUGAGCCACACGAAGAUGAACAAACUGAGCUUCCACAACAACAAAACCAUGCAGGACCGCCGCUGUGUCUGUGUCUUUUUGCCGAAUGAUGACACACUCAAUGUCAUAGUCAAUGUGAAGACUUUGUGCCAGGAACUGUUGGUGCAGGUGUGUGACCUUCUGAGGCUGAAGGACUGUCACCUGUUUGGACUCAGUGUUAUUCAGAAUAAUGAACACAUCUAUAUGGAGCUGGAUCAAAAGCUAUCCAAAUAUUGCCCCAAAGAAUGGAAGAGAGAAGCCAGCAAGGGCAUCGAUCAGUUUGGGCCUCCAAUGAUCAUCCACUUCAGAGCUCAGUAUUAUGUAGAGAACGGGAGAUUAAUCAGUGAUCGGGCAGCCAGGUACUACUACUACUGGCACCUGAGGAAACAGGUGUUGCUCUCUCAGUGUAUCCAAAGAGAGGAGGCUUACUUCCUGCUGGCAGCCUUCGCCCUGCAGGCCGACCUCGGAAACUUCAAACGAAACAAGCACUUUGGGAAGUACUUUGAACCUGAAGCCUACUUCCCCCCAUGGGUGAUAGCAAAGCGUGGCCGUGAGUACAUCCUGAGACAUAUCCCCAACAUGCACAAAGACCAGUUUGCUCUCACGGCUUCAGAGGCGCACCUCAAAUACAUCAAGGAGUGUGCCCAGCUCGAUGACGUCACUGUCCACUACUACAGACUCUACAAGGACAAGAAGGAAGUAGAGGCAUCUCUAACAUUGGGACUGACUUUACGGGGAAUCCAAAUAUUUCAGAAUGUCGGGACUGUGAGGCAACUGUUGUACGACUUCCCCUGGACCAACGUGGGGAAACUUGUAUUUGUGGGAAAGAAGUUUGAAAUCCUCCCUGACGGUCUCCCAUCAGCCCGGAAACUCAUCUACUACACAGGCUGUCCCGUGCGCUCUCGUCACCUCCUGCAGCUGCUCAGCAACAGCCACCGACUCUACAUGAACCUGCAGCCUGUGCUCAAACAAGUCCGACGACUGGAGGAAAACGAAGAGAAGAAGCAGUACAGGGAGUCGUACAUCAGCGACGCUCUGGAGCUUGACAUGGAUCAUCUGGACAAACGGUCUCGAGCCAGCGGCAGCAGCGCAGGAAGCAUGUCUCAUCACAAACGCCUCUCCCGCCACUCCACCACCAGCCACGGCAGCUCGCACACCUCGGGCAUCGAGACGGACAGCUUCAGGGCCCCCGGUCAGGCCCCCCACAGACCCCUACGGACCUGCAGCUCGUCCACAACCAGCCACGGGAGCUCACACACCUCUGGCAUCGAGAGCAGCGGCAAAGAACGCAUACUGGACGAUGAUGAGAUUGAGAUGCUGGUGGACGACCCCAAAGACUACGAGGAGCUUCAUGAGAUGGCUCUGGACCAGGAGCUGUGUAUCCACAUCACAGAGGACAUGUUGACCAUGUCACCUGAUCAGAGCAACGGAUACUCAGGACUGAUCGUAAAAGACGUCAGCUCGUCCACAUCCAGCUCCUCUGAGACCGUGGUUAAGAUGAGAGGACAGAGCAUAGAGUCCCUGCCACAGACAUCAGCCUGCAGGAAGCCUCAGUCUUCCACGGAUCGCCACAGUCAGUCUCUCGAUGACAUCAGGCUCUACCAGAAGGACUGCCUGCAGUGGGCGGAGCUGUGCCAGGACACCGCUCACAGCUACACGUUCGGCUGCGCUCAGGAGCUGAGCGACGGCGGCGGAGGUUACCAGGGCCUCGCCGAGCAGCGUGCCGGCAUGCUCAGUGAGCAGCAUCCGUUUCCCAUAAAGAGAACCAACAAGUACUUCUCCCUGGACCUGACCAGCGAAGAGGUCCCUGAGUUUGUGGUGUGAAAAAGAGGAGACCUCAGGGUGACCUUUUUUUUUACUCGGUGUCAGAUGUGGAGAUGUUCGAGCCCUCAGGGAAUGAGAUGAGAGAGCAGCGCUGGAGAGGUGGUUUCUAUUGUUGGCAGCAGUCAUUAAUAAACUGGCAACAAGUCUGCUGUUCCUCGACGAAUAACACAUGAACAAACAUGGAGGAGUCUGACUGAAGAGUAACUCUGAGAACAAAACAAAGAAAACAUGCGUCUUAAAACGUAACCUAAGCUGCUCCGCUCUGAAAGGAACAAAAGGGAUCGUGUCAUCUUCUUUCAAGAAACAUUUUUAUUCAAAUGUGUCUCACUGACUGUUCAAGAACCACACGUCGUGUUUGCCUCCUAAAGAGUGUGUGUGCAUGCAGGCGGUGUUACAGAGACUCAUGCGCAGACACAAAGAGCAUAUCAAAGAUCUUUUCUGGAGGACACAAAAGACAGAUCACUCUGAGCUGCAAACCAAAGACAAGACAAGAAAAAAAAAAAAAGCUUCACACAUUUCAAAGUUGUGGACGGCGGGAGGGGAAAUGAACUUUAACCCUCCCCUCGAUCUCUCCUGCACCAUUUCAUCGAACCACGACAGGAAGUGCAGCAUGCCAGCUCCCGCCUCUCAGACUGGACUCUGAAUCAUGUGAACACACCCGACGUGCCUUCAUCUCUCUAUGCAGGUGUCAAACCGUCGCCUUGACAAUCACAUACUUUCAAAGUUCAAGCCAUCAAAACUCAGAGCUUUGCUUAUUUCUUAACACGAGACACACACACUCCUUUAUAAGAUGAAGCCAGUUUUUACAGAUUUAUUUAAAUGUCGAAAGGAUUUUAAACAUUUCUAUGUCUUUUAGAAUCAGACUGAGUUUUCAGGCAGGAAUGAGGUCGAGUUAGUUCCUGCAUGUCUCGGCUUGUGUCGAGCGUGAGGCCGGAACAGCUUCCCUGAAAUCUUCUCUAAAUUGAGGCCAGGUGAGCUGUGGGCCAAAACAAACCAUACAAGUCGAUGCAAACACGCAGGUCUGCUCGGGUCUGUUUUAUUCUCGUCCUCCUUUUCUUUUCAUCCAUCAUCUAAAACUGGAAUUUGUUACAUGGUUUUUAUUUUGCAUCCUUUCUGUUUUACCUGAAAGCUUUGUUCAUGUUGUGUUUUUGUAUAAGCUGUCCAGACUUGUGUAUGUUGAACAGGUAUUCUUCGUGCGGUUGGUUUCAUUCAGUAUUACAAAUAUGUUAGUGACAGUAUUAAGGACGUGUGAUGUUAGCGGCUCUGAUCAAGACUGGUUUUAUCUUUUCUUAGCCCACAGACUCAAGAAGACUGUGGGCUCCACGAAGAUGUUUUAAAGCUGUUACAUCUCAAAUCCCAUUCUCAAUGAUUUUAACUGGUGUGAAUGAGGACAGAAGACUUACUUAAUGAGACGUCUUUACCCAAAAAUCAUGCAGUUAACAUUCAGAGUGCCACAGUUACAUCCUCUUCUGAUUUUAAUCAAUAACGUCAUGUUUUUUUAAGAUCCAACAUUUUGAAGCUUUUCUUCAGGUACAUCACUUCUCCUGUUUGUACAAGUUUGGAAAUACUGCACUGUCAUGUUUCACUGAGAUCACAGAGUUGCAUUUUUAUUUAACUGAAGUCAUCAGUUUGAAUUUCCCUCGGAGCUCCAGUGAGGAAACUAGCCAAGCUAUAAAACAGACUGAAAUCAACACUAGCAGUGAGAUCAAUAAGGUCAAUAUCAUACUUUCUAACGCUUGUAACCACUGCAAGGGGGUAGAUGUCAAACUAAACACAUUAGACUGUGAUAAAGCAGCAGAAUUAGAUUUCUUUUGCCAGAAAACACUACCAGCAGAGAGAUGCUAUCAGUGGAUCUUGUUCUCACUGAACAGAGCCAGACGACCUGUCUCCAUUUUUAUGCAAAGCUAACAGCAAGGCUGCAGGUGUUGGCUUCAUUCCUGUCUUAAAAACUUGGGAGUGGUAUCAAUCUGCUCCUCUGAGUCUGUGCAAGAACAGCAGCUGAUCAUUCUUUUUCUGAAAACUGCCAAAAUGAAUGAACUGUUCAGUGUUCACUUUGUUUUCUUUUUCAGAUCCCGUUUGUUUUUUCAGCUUCUCUGACAUCUUCAACAGGUCGUUUCACUGAAGGUCUAUCAGCUGUUAGUGAGUAACGACAAAGCUGUGACGAUGAACCUCAUCAUGUUUUAUUCACCCUGACUUUGAGCCUAAGGUCAGAACAGUGAAGUGUGUCAGUGUUUCCAAACUUCUGCAUGAGACUUGAACUCAUUUUAAAUCACUGUCGCUUGUUUUGAGACAUCGUGUCAGCUUCAUCUAACCCCGUGUUGAUUUACAUCCACAUUCUUCACAUGCAGGCAUGAAAGCGCCUGAACACGUUUUUAAAAGAAACAUUCAUGUUAUAAAAAUAAAUUAAUUUGAUACCGCUAAAUAAUAAAGAAUGACUUUUAUAUUCUUACAUUUUUCCUCUUACUGUUAAAAGCUAUAUUUCUGCUCAUUCAUGGAGAUUGUCAUAUUUUGAUGGACAGAGUUUCUUAUAUUACAACUGUAUGUGUUGAGGUACAUAGCCAUACACUCAUAACCCAUGUCCUUAAAGUCUUCAUAAUUUGUUCUUCCUACAUUUUCUGACUUCAGUAUACGGUCAAACUUACAACCUGUAAGAGUUUGUAUGUCUGUGUCCUUAAUCCUUUCUGUGAAAGGAUCUCCCUCCCUGUAGUUAAAAAAAGAAAAGAGAUGUUAUUAUGAAGUCUGGUUUGUGCCUUCUUGGUACUAAUGCCCUCAAUAUCCAAUAAAAAGGUACAUUUAUUUGCCAAA